AUGGCUGCAGAAAAUCACUCUGCUGUGAUGGAGUUCAUUCUAGGAGGAUUAACAAAUCGGCCAGAGUUCCAGCUCCCUCUCUUCUUCCUCUUCCUAGGGAUCUACACAGUGACCAUAGUGGGGAACCUGGGUAUGAUCACACUCAUUUGUCUGAAUUCACAGCUUCACACCCCCAUGUACUUCUUCCUCACAAAUUUGUCAUUUGUAGAUAUGUGCUACUCCUCUGUCAUUACCCCUAAAAUGCUGGUCAACUUUCUGUCAGAGAAGAACAGCAUCUCUUAUUCAGGGUGCAUGUCACAGCUCUACUUUUUCAUUGUUUUUGUCGUUGCUGAGUGUUACAUGCUGACAGUGAUGGCUUAUGACCGCUAUGUUGCCAUCUGCAGCCCUUUGCUUUAUAACAUCAUUAUGUCACCUCAAAUGUGCUCCUUACUAGUAGCUGUGGUCUACAUCAUGGGGCUCAUUGGCUCAACAAUAGAGACUGCUCUCAUGAUAAAACUGUCCUAUUGUGAAAUCUUCAUAAGUCAUUAUUUCUGUGAUAUCUUACCUCUCAUGAAGCUCUCCUGCUUUAGUGCCUAUGAUAUUGAGAUGACAGUUUUCUUUUUGGCUGGAUUCAACAUCGUAGCCACAAGCUUAACAGUCCUUACUUCCUAUGCCUUCAUCCUCUCCAGCAUCCUACGUAUCAACAGCAAAGAGGGCAGAUCUAAAGCCUUCAGCACCUGCAGCUCCCACCUUGCAGCAGUGGGAAUGUUCUAUGGAUCUACUGCAUUCAUAUAUCUAAAACCUUCCACAGUCAGCUCCUUGGCCCAAGAGAAUGUGGCCUCCGUAUUCUACACCACAGUGAUCCCCAUGCUGAACCCCCUAAUUUACAGUCUGAGAAACAAGGAGGUAAAGGCUGCCAUGCAGAAAACACUGAGAAGAAAACUGUCUUGA